CGGCGGCCUAGAGCCAUUAAUCAAUAAACUAGGCUCUUAGGCUUGACCUAGUCGUCGCCUCGGACCUGUCGGAGUCGGACAGCCGCGUAGACCGCUCCUGGAAGACGGCGGACAAAGAGCUUGCACCUUCACACAAUGUCUAGUAUUCAAUCGAUGUGUAUCGAACCUGAAGAGACAUAUAGGCAAUGAAUCUGGAGAAGCAAAUUGAAGACAGAUUGUAAGUUUCAUUGAAUGUCCAAGAGGAACUGUCACCGUGUGAUUGGCAUCUGACAAUUAUUUUUCUCUUAAUUUCUUCAAGGAGAACAUCCUUUGUCCUAGAGUUUUGCUGACACCUUUCUCAAAGUGAUCUCAACUUGCUUUUUAUGUAAGAACUGCCUGGACUUCAUAUUUUUCACUGCAGAAGCCUAUGAUCUGCAAUUGCCAGAGACUUAAACAUAUUAGCUGUAGGGUCUCAUCUACAUUAACCCUGAGGGCUCUUCUCUGCUUGCUCUAAAAUGUUGAGAUACUGGGGAGAGAUACCAAUCCCGUCAGGCCAGACCAACAGAAGCUCCUUUGACCUGCUCCCACGGGAGUUCCGCCUGGUGGAAGUCCAUGACCCACCCCUGCACCAGCCCUCAGCCAACAAGCCCAAGCCGCCCACCAUGCUGGACAUCCCCUCGGAGCCGUGCAGUCUUACCAUCCACACCAUUCAGCUGAUCCAGCACAACCGACGCCUUCGCAGCCUCAUCGCCACAGCUCAGACCCAGAGUCAGCAGCAGACGGAAGGCGUAAAGGCCGAAGAGAGUGACCCUCUUCCCUCCUGCCCUGGGUCACCUCCUCUCCCUGAUGACCUCCAGCCUUUGGAUUGUAAAAAUCCCAAUGCACCCUUCCAGAUCCGGCAUAGUGACCCAGAGAGCGACUUUUACCGCGGAAGAGGAGGACCUGUGACUGAACUCAGCUGGCCCUCCUGCCGGCAGCUCCUCUACCAAGCCGUGGCCACGAUCCUGGCCCACGCAGGCUUCGAGUGUGCUAAUGAAAGCGUCCUGGAGACCCUGACUGACGUGGCGCACGAGUACUGCCUGAAGUUCACCAAGCUGCUGCGCUUUGCCGUAGACCGGGAGGCCCUGCUGGGACAGUCCCCAUUCCCUGAUGUCAUGGAGCAGGUGUUCCAUGAAGUGGGCAUUGGCAGCAUGCUCUCCCUCCAGAAGUUCUGGCAGCAUCGCAUCAAGGACUAUCACACUUACAUGCUCCAGAUUAGUAAGCAGCUCUCUGAAGAGUAUGAAAGGAUUGUCAAUCCCGAGAAGGCCACGGAAGACACUAAACCUGUGAAGAUCAAGGAGGAACCUGUGAGUGACAUCACGUUUCCUGUCAGUGAGGAGCUGGAAGCUGACCUUGCUUCUGGAGACCAGUCCUUACCCAUCGGAGUCCUCGGGGCUCAGAGUGAGCGCUUCCCGUCCAACCUGGAGGUGGAGGCUUCGCCACAGGCUUCAAGUGCAGAAGUAAAUGCUUCUCCUCUUUGGAACCUGGCUCAUGUGAAAAUGGAGCCUCAGGAAAGUGAAGAAGGCAACGUGUCUGGGCAUGGGGUGUUGGGCAGCGACGUCUUUGAGGAACCAAUGUCAGGCAUGAGUGAAGCUGGAAUCCCACAGAGCCCCGAGGACUCGGACAGCAGCUAUGGUUCCCACUCCACGGAUAGCCUCAUGGGGUCCUCCCCCGUUUUCAACCAGCGCUGCAAGAAGAAAAUGAGGAAGAUUUAACUGCAGGACCUUCUGGUCCAGACCAGCAUCAUCAGCAGAGAACCUCAUUGUUUAGAUUGUUUCCAUAACAGUGAUUGGAUUCUUAUUCUUAAAUACAGCGGGCUUUCCUAAUUUCAGAGAAAAGGUCUUAGCCUGGCUACAUUUCACGCUGGCACCGUUUUUGUGCUUUUUCAGAACAACAGAGCCACUGUUCACAGUCCGACUGUGAUACUGGCAGUAAUCAGACCAAAGCACGGUCCCCGCUGUUAUCUUCCUGUGGGACACACGUUCUUAGCUCCUCUCGGCCAUCUCUCUGGCACAGUUGGGAAGAACCACCGACACUUUGAUGAUGUUCCCUGCAGAGGUGCAAAGCCGAGGUGUUCUGCUUAAACAUCAAGGCUUGUGGCAUUCAUUCACAUCAAUAUAUGCCAUUAGAGAUGUCAGGUUCUCAUUCAUGCAUUUUGGGUCAAGUCAUUGGGAAUCCAGUAGUAAUACAGGAAAUAGCUAAACAUAACAUCAGUCAUGUUUCAAAACUAUUUUUGCUACUCAAGCCUCUUACAAAAUGAGAGCCCUGUGGUGACAGCCUUAUGUAAACAGCGCUUUUCCCACAUUUCUUUUCUAGAUUAUUCUAUCCAGUCUCAUCCUUUUUACUUUUAGUAUGCUUUCUGCUGACAGACACUUUCAAGCAUUUUCACCGUGCACAUUUCCAACUGCUCGUUUUCUCCUUUGUGAAGGAUGCAAACAGGACCUGCUCCAGUUGCUAGAUGGGCAGCAUUUGCUUUGUUCCAGGUUGUUCUUUGUUUAUUUUGUUUUGUUGUUGUUUUCUUGAAGAAGACAUCUGAGGAGCCAGAGAGAUGGCUCCGUGGGUAAAGGCACUUGAAACUUGAGUUUCUGAUCCCCAGGCCCUACAUGGUGCCUGGAGAGAACUAACCUCUCCAAGUCGUCCUUUGGCCUAUAUACAUGCCAUGGUGCAUGCCUGGGCGUACCACACACACACACACACAAUAAAUUUAAAAAUAAAUUAUUUUU